UGUGGCAAAAUGCUACAGACUAGAAAAUGUUCCACCCAUGUGUUUGUACUGUAACUCACAGCAUCUCUACCCAGCGAAAAGGGAUUAUUUCUUAGACUUGAAAUGAACAUUAUCACUUUUUGGCCGAAUAGCAAACUCUCGGCUUCUUACAACAUGUCAUUGUUUGCGAUCAGAAAAAGUGAUGCACAUUAUACAUUAACAAAGGAUGUGCCCACUCUUCAACGUGCUCUUUUUUUAUUGACAACAUUGCUCAGUAAAAAUAUGCCUUUGACCUCAAACUAUGCUCUGUUCAGCACCGGAUCCACCAUACAUUGUAAGAUAAUUUCAUAACCUACCGGUACAGUGAAAUGUAUCAUCCACACCACCAUAGGCAUGUAAAAAAUAUACUGCAAGUCCCUGUGUAGAGUUUGUUCUGCACCAGCAACGAAGGAGUCCAGGUGCGUAAACUUCAGAAUUUCUCUUUGUUAUGUAUAAAAAAGCAGAGUAUGUAAUAUUUAACUUCACAAAAAUCAAUUGUGUAGUUGUAUUGUACAAGGUAUGCUAAUGCUUUUUAAUCCACACAGCAAGGGCAAGUAUAGGAUUAAAAAGAUUACCUCUCGAUACUUAUAAUAAUUCUAAACAUAAAGUUUCCAGCUAAAAUAUGAUGUUAAGAUGAAAUACUGACUUAAAGAAAGCUUGGAAAUUGUUGUUAAUGUGGUUGGUGCAUGUGCGCGCUAAACACUGCUGUCGGACCUGCCAGUAUGGAGUGCUUUUAAAUCAUACCGAAUGAGCAGAGUCAAGUAUUAAAAUGAGUGAAGAUGGAGGAAAUGGGCUGUGCUGACUAGUAUACCCUCACUAAUCUUAUUUGUUCAGUGUGGUUGACUCUUGAGCUGGUGUGGGAAAAUGUUUCUGGAAGACCUUUGAAGCCACAAAGUCCCUCAUUAAUAUACGCAAAUUCAUACAUACCAAACAUCCAGGAUUUCCAAGGUGCCUUCUUUUAGAGAGCAAAAGUGUUCAGAGUUUAGCUCAGAAGGGACACUUGCACCCUCAGCUAUGAAUAGGCUGAUGACAACUUAUGAGACAUUACCUUUGUCCAAGGUAAGUGAAAUGCACGCUUGGUCUUCACACACAGUUUGAUUUUUGUGUCUGUAUGUCAAGGACAACUUUGGAACUUACCAUCAUUUGGAUCCAUGAACUCAAAAUCGAUUAUAUGUUUGCCUUUAUAGGCUUCAGUUCCCUCUCACAGUAUUCACCAAACAAGGAAAUCCAGACUGUGGACAUCCAUUGCCAAGAUGAUCACUCACAUGUCACUGUGCAAAUUUUUUCCUUUAUUUCUAUUGGGAGUUGUGGUGUUUGUAAUGAGCGGGAUCGCCGGAGACCCCCUGUAUGAAUGCCUUCAAGACGCCGACUAUAGUGAGCUCCUAGAUAUUGUGGAUAAAGGACUCCCCUCCACAAAGACACCUCAACACGUAGCGAUUAUUGGUGGGGGCAUUGCUGGAAUAACCGCAGCCAAGAUUUUGCAAGAUGCCGGCCAUAAGGUGACCAUAAUAGAAGCCAGUCACCGUAUUGGAGGACGCAUUGAGACCUUUAGGAAUACAAGAGAAGGCUGGUACGCAGAGGUGGGCGCCAUGCGCAUCCCCAGCUUUCAUAAGAUUCUGCUCUCCUUUGUCUCCAAAUUAAAAAUCCCCUUGAACCAUUUUGUCCAAGAUGACAUGAACACCUACUUUUUGCUAAAUGGGCAACUUCAUAAAAACUUGGCUGUGGCAAACAACCAUGAUGUGCUGAAUUACACCCUGAAUGAGGGAGAGAGGGGGAAAUCAGCUGCGCAGCUCUUCAGUGAGACUCUGUGGAAGGUGAGAGAUGAUCUUCAGACAAGUGGCUGUAGUGCAAUGUUGGGAAAGUAUGACGCCUACACAGUGAAAGAAUACUUGGUGAAAGAGGGCAAUCUGAGUCGUGGUGCAUUGCGGAUGAUUGGAGACAUCCUGAAUGAAAACAGCCUCUUUUACACAUCCAUGCUAGAGAUGCUUUACGUCCAGUCCGACAUCAAUGAUGACACAGAGUACUAUGAGGUCACCGAUGGCUUUGACCACCUCACAACGGCUUUCUACGGCAUGUUGAACGCCACAACCCUCCUCAACUCCAGGGUCAAACUCAUUAACCAAUCAGGAGGCAGAAACGUGACUGUGACAUACCAGGACGUGCGUACUCCAGGUUUGAUGACGAACCUGACGGUGGACCAGGCACUGGUUACAGCCACAGCCAAGGCAACCCUCCUGAUUGACUUCCAGCCAGCACUUUCUGCGGACAAGAUGGAAGCCCUGCGCUCAGUUCACUACGCGAGUUCCACCAAAGUGAUACUGAGCUUCAUGGAGCGCUUUUGGGAGAAAGAGGGCAUCAGGGGAGGGAAGAGCAUCACAGACCGACCAUCACGCUUCAUUUAUUACCCCAGCCACAGUUUCCCAGGAACAGACGCAGGGGCUCUGCUCGCAUCGUACACUUGCUCUGACGAUUCCACCCUCUUUCAAGGUGUGAGUGAAGAUGAGCUGAUGGCUGUGGUCCUGGACGACUUGGUUAGGAUCCAUGGAGAGGAUAUCAGGUCUCUAUUUACUGGUGGACUGGUGAAGAAGUGGGGCUUGGACCCCUACAGCUUGGGCGCAUUUGCCCUUUUCACACCCUACCAGGGCCUUUAUGCCAGAGAACUAUUCCAGAGCGAGGGACGUGUGCACUUUGCUGGGGAACACACCGCUUUACCUCACGGCUGGAUAGAAACUUCCAUGAAAUCUGCCCUCAGAGCGGCCAAAAAUAUUAAUAGCCUCACAAUUCAACCCUAAUCAGUUGGGGGUAGAAAAUAAUUUAAAAUCAUCACAUUUUGUAUGUCACAGUCAAUUGUAUUCCAUAGGUAUUUAAAGUUGUAAUAUUUAAACAAGCAAUUAUAUUUAAAUAUACUAGUGAUCACUUUUUAAGUGAAUUUGUUAUAAUGACUCUUUGCCCCAUCUUUCUGUUUCAGAAAUCUGAGGAUUCAAUCAACUGGAAUAUUUCAGCAUACAGAAUCACAUGUUCAUUAUCGCUUGCGAAGAUAAGCGGUUUAGAUAAUUGCUUGAUGUUCUUGCAUUUUGCAAUUGGGUAACUAUUGGUUGCUACUUUCAGUUCAAAAUCAACUGAGAUAAUAAUAUGAGCUCUACGAAUUUACUCAACUCUGAUAUACUGCAUUGUUUAUGUUUACGCAAGUAUAAUUGAAUUGUUGAAGCAAACACAUUCCACAAGCAAAUUAAUGUGUUAAAGUGUUCGAAAGAAAUCCUAAUGAAAUCCACACUCCACCAAUAACAGCCAGUUUACUUGUGUUCCAAUUCGAUGAUCACACCAUUCAAACAUGAAAUGCUAACAAACAUGCUGAUCACAGUCGUAUAUCACAGUAAUAUUGUCACUCUUCAUAUCCCUAACCCCAAACAUGUUAGGAAUCCAAAACAGUUGUGUAUAGAUAUUUUUAAUCUG